AUCACGGCUUUGGCGUGAGGUGCUCGUCGCUUGGGGCCGCCGCUGGUCUGCCGCCGCCCCCUACUCCGCAUCUGCCGAGCCCUCCCGGGUCCGGGCGCUGGUCUAUGGGCACCACGGGGACCCAGCCAAGGUCGUCGAUUCAUAUGGCAUCACAGGUGUACAGCCGGGGCCUCAAAGGAGCCAUUGUGACCUUAUCCAGUCUGGGAUCUGUCGAGUGAAGACAGUGGCAUCCCUCCGAGUUGCAUGGCGCCAUGACAUUCACAGGGGAAGGCCGUGAACACUCCUGGGGAAGUGACUUGAGAUCUAGCCAGGCUGUGUUUGGGUGCCUCCUUUGCACUCUACAACACAGCCACUGGUUCCUCUGGCGAGUUAAAAAAAAAAAAAAAAAAAGAAAGAAAGAAAAAGAAAACAAGGAAGAAAUUGCUAUCAUGACACCAGAGGUCCAACUCCUGGAAUCCAGACUUGGCCCCCGUUUUCCUUCCUGUCUCGGCAGCAUGGUAUCCUUGACGACGACGCUAGGACUGUGUGCAGGGACGGCAGUGUCUGUGGUGCUAAUGGCAUUCCAUGGGGCAGGCAGGGGCCGGUCUCCCUGGUGAGAUGCAGCUGACCCACACACCUCCUGCCGGGCUGGCAGCGCAGCCCCUCCCUCAGCCACCUGGGUUCGCAGCUUCAACUCUGCAGCCCCUAGACCCUCAUCCCUGCCCCGCUCUCCUUCCCUCCCGCUUCUGUGACUUUCAGCCAGCACAGAGCGGCGAGGCUACCCAGAAGACAGAGAAGUGGGAGCGGAUUGUAGCCCCGUGCGGCACUUCUCAAACUGCUGUCUGGGGGCAGGCAGUUACUCGGUGUGCUGUGAAAACAGUGUCCCCAGCUGAGUUACCUCUGGAGGCUCUGGAUGACACAAAGUCCCCUGGGUUUUUUCCCUGGGUGACUUCUCCCAGCCUUUGUGACGCUGGGGCACCGUCUGAGUCCUAUAAAGGGCGUUUACUGGGCAGCAUUUCUCAGACAUAUCCUACACCCCGGGAGUGCCUAAUACUGUCUCUCAGGAUGGAAAUUCCACACGGUGUAAAGGAUGCUGGCUUAGUGUUCAGCAGUCUGAGCUUCAGAGUCAACCUUUAGGGCAAUUUUUGCCACUUAAUCAGAGUUUUACCUUAGACAAGUUCCUUCCUCUGAGCUUCAGUUUCCUGUUUGUGAAUUGGGGAGAUAACACCCUCCUGAUAGGUGUUUCGAGGACUAACCAGCCUCACGUGUAUAAAAUGCUAAGCACAAUGCCUGGAGCUUAGGAAACUGUCAGCAUUAGUUUCUCUUCAUUGUUCAGCCAGAUCGCCCAGAGCAAGAUGAUCUGCCUGCCUCGACUCCCACUACAUCCAGCUGACUCACAGCUCUGUACGUCUAGCCUGGAGUGCCCUCUCCCCAUACCACGCGGCUUCAAGCUCCAAAUAUAACACCUCCCUCCCCGCUCCAAACCACUCUCCCUUCCUCUCUGUGUCAAUAUCCAGUUGUCCACGCCAGAAGCCCAGGAGCCGUCAGAGAUUUCCCACUCCCGUGUGGAGGGAGUGACAUCAAUACCACUUCUUAUUUUAGAGAUCCCAGGUUAUCAAAUCCUCUCCAUUCCCCUGGCUCCUGUCCAGAUUGCACCUACUGCCUGGCCAACUAUCAAGUCAGAUUCUUUGCCAUUCCUUUCUUUUGCAAGAAAGCCUACCUUCCUCCCUCAGUCCACCCAGUAAACUCUCACUUAUCCUUCAAACCCCAACUAAGGUACCACUUCUUCCAAAGCCCAAUGCUUCUUCCAAUGCUGGCUAACCCUGCAUUUCCUCCCUCCGGGCGCAGUCUGGGAUUAGGACCGCAAGCCUGCCUCUGGGGUGCCUGCCUCUGGGGGUGCCUCUCGCAGUGACUCCACGUGUGAGAGUCCCCGUGCCAUCAAGCUCCCAGGCAGGAGAAUUUUUUUUUUUUUUAUCCUUAAGCCUCUUGGCUCAAUACCUGACACUGAGUAGGACUGUCAGUAAAAUAUUUGCUGAGUUAAAUUUACUUGAGUUUUCCAAAAAGUCGCCGUCUUUCAGUGAUUCAGUGAUUCUCUUCAGAGGGAUAGCCAACUAAUUGUUUCAGAGGCUUCCUUGGAUAUUCCUGCACUGAUAACAGCUGCCAUCUCUUCAGCAUCUACUAUGUAUCAGGGAGGAAAGUCGCGUAAUUUCAUUAGGAAGCAUUCUUGAGCACUGCUUUGGUCCCAGGCACUGUGCUAAACACGGAGACUGAAGGACCUGGAGCUAGCUGCUGUGGGCGGAUCAGACGUCCAUGUGAGGAUGCUGGCGGCCCCUAUCAAUCCAUCUGACAUAAAUAUGAUCCAAGGGAAUUAUGGCCUCCUUCCCAAGCUGCCUGCUGUUGGAGGGAAUGAAGGUGUUGGACAGGUGGUGGCAGUGGGCAGCAGUGUGACUGGGGUGAAGCCAGGAGACUGGGUGAUUCCAGCAAAUGCCGGUUUGGGAACCUGGCGGACUGAGGCUGUGUUCAGCGAGGAAGCACUGAUCGGAGUUCCAAGUGACAUCCCUCUUCAGAGCGCCGCCACCCUGAGUGUCAAUCCCUGCACGGCCUACAGGAUGUUGAUGGACUUUGAGCAGCUGCAGCCAGGAGACAGUGUCAUCCAGAAUGCGUCCAACAGUGGAGUGGGGCAAGCAGUCAUUCAGAUCGCGGCAGCCCUGGGCCUGAGGACCGUCAAUGUGGUCCGAGACAGGCCUGACAUCCAGAAGCUGACUGACAGACUGAAGAGUCUAGGGGCCGAGCAUGUUCUCACAGAAGAGCAGCUAAGGAAGCAUGAAAUGAAAAAUUUCUUUAAGGACAUGCCCCAGCCCCGACUUGCUCUCAACUGCGUUGGCGGGAAAAGCUCCACAGAGCUGCUGAGACACUUAGCGCCUGGGGGAACCAUGGUGACCUACGGGGGAAUGGCCAAGCAGCCUGUCAUAGCCUCUGUGAGCCAGCUCAUUUUUAAGGAUCUCAAACUUCGAGGCUUUUGGUUAUCCCAGUGGAAGAAGGACCACAGUCCAGCCCAGUUCAAGGAGCUGAUCAUCACACUGUGCAGUCUCAUCAGCCGAGGCCAGCUCACGGCCCCUGCCUGCUCCGAGGUCCCACUGCAGGACUACCAGCGUGCCUUGGAAGCCUCAGUGCAGCCCUUCGUGUCUUCAAAGCAGAUUCUGACCAUGUGCUAAUCGCAUAGGAGCGGAGCCAGAGUGAGGUGGGAGGGAAGACGGAUCGGUAGGACUGGUUUCGGGCCCCUCGGUCAGGGCCCUCAGCUUUCCCCAGGCUGCCCUCUGACUAGGGGGGUUGUGAAGCCAUCCAGGGCCAGCCCCUGGGUAUCUAAUAAAGUCUGAACUUCCUAAGAACAGACACACACAAAACCAACAGAAGUCAUCCCUGUCGAGAAGAACCCUCAGUUGUGCACCUGCCAUUCCAGCAUUAAGAAGCCCCCUUGCCCAUCCUCCAACUUGUCCUCCAGCGAUGAUUUCCUGACCACCCUGAAAGCAAAGUGAGGGUGGGGAGUGGCAGGUACAAAAGCCAGUAGGAUGCAGUCUCCACCCCCAGGCUGUCCCAGAGGAAUAGAAAGGAAGGUUUGACUCAUUCUGGGUGGUGCGGGGCUCCGUGUGGGACGGGAGGAGGAUCAGCUACCUGAGAGGGUGAAUGCCAGGCUAAGGAGCCAAGGAGUCGGGGUCUCAGGUGGCUGGACCACCCUCCUGGAAUGUCUGUCCUAACUGGGGAAAUAGUUGUUACACCAGUGCUUCUCAACCUGAAGUCAUUUUACCCCCAAGGACGUUUGACAGUGUCUGGAGACGUUUUCAGUCAUAAUUGACAGGGUGCGAUCGGCAUCUAGUGGGUAGAGAUCAGUGAUGCUGCUCAGAUAGCAUCUGGUGCACAGAACAGCCUUCCUCAACAGAAUGAUCCAGCCCAAGAUGUCCAUAGUGCCACUGUUGAGAAACCCUGAAUUAAGCUAACAGUCCCACAAUCACUGCCCUGGUGAUUCAAGUGCUAAAGAAGAUGCAUGCGAAGUGCUAUGAUGGUAUAACUGAGGUCUUGUCCUAGGCCUGGAGUCAGGGGAGCCUUCCUUACAUGAAAGUGGGUUCUGAAAAUGAGUAGCUUUAUUCAGAGAAAGAGAAGAGUUUGACAUCAUGUGACUUUUUGUGUUUCCCUUAUGAUCCACUCACCCUGAUGGAAAAAAACUAGAGACUCGGGAAUGUUCCCUGGUCACCGGGCCUACUUUCUCUUAGCUCAAGAGCCUCUUUCAAGGAGUAUUUACUAGAUACCCAGUGUGUGCCUGAGGCCAGGGAUGCCUGUGAGGGGGCGGAGGCGGGGGCUGGCCCUCUGGCUGCUUAGCCUAGUGCAGGGGACCAACCUUCCCAGCAUACCAAUGAGGCCUCUGACAGAGGUGUCCAGAGGGCCCUGGAGACACGGCAACUCUGCCUGAGGGUUGAAGGAAGGCUUCGUGGAAGAAGUGGCGUCCACCACAUAUGGUGAAGGCCAAGCAAGAAAACGUGCAUCCAGCAGCACAUGCGCGAGCCUGCUUCUGCUGCCUGAGGUUGGAGAGUGUGAGGGCUGAGAUGGGAGCUGUGGGUACAGGUCAGAGCAGAAAGGUUCGAGAAUUCAGGACUUACCCUUCAGAACUGGCGAGGCACAGAGGGGUUUUCAGCAGCAGGGUGAUAUGGGGAAACUGGCUCAGAAGACCAGAGGGCACCCAGGCUUAUCACAGACACGUACGUAGGCCCCUGACCUAAUGCUCUUGCCUUUGGGAGCAUCUUGUGUGUCCUCUGGAGAAAAGGACUUGGCUUCAGCCCAGAGCUGGGGAAGGUCUGCACGUGUCCUCUUGAUAAGAGUUGCUACCUUGUGCACGUAGGCUCAGGAUCAGCCCCAGCUUGCCCAAGUCCCUCCCGUCCCGUGUCUUCUGUCCUUGAAAAAAACGCCUGAGAGGGUGGAGGAGGCUGCCCAAAGGCUACAGCAAUGAACGGUUAGAAUUAGGUUCUUCAGGAGGAGUCCACAGUGUUGGGUUAGGGGAAUGAUGAGCCUGCAGCCAUGGAGAGGGGGCAGCCCCUGGUACAGACUCAGAGGAGAUAGACACGAUGGAGGAAGGUUCCUAACACUAUGGUUAGAGACCCUGUGGAGGGCCGUGCAAAACAUCCUAAGAACAGUAUCUCUAGGGGUCUGGAGGUGACAUUUGGUUGUGCUUUAUUGUCUUUAUUUUUAUUUUUUUAAAUGUUUCUUUUUGAGAGAAAGAAAGAGCAUAAGCAGGGGAAAGGCAGAGAGAGAGACACACACAGAAUCUGAAGCAGGCCCCAGGCUCUAAGCUGUCAGCACAGAGCCUGACGCGGGGCUCAGACUCACGAACUGCAAAAUCAUGACCUGAGCCGAAGUCAGACACUUAACCGACUGAGCCACCCAGCUUCUCAGAGAAGGGAGACAUGCCUUCUAGACUAAGGGACCAGAUUAAGCAAAAUAUAUUAUGGAGGCAGGGCAUUUAUGUUAGAAUCUUGUCAUUUCCCCCCAAAUACCCAUUCUCUUCCUAAGAACACAUGAUUUUUACAUAGGCACAUGGUAGCCUGGAAUAAAUAGUUUUCCUGCCUUCCUUGCAGCAGACAAGAUCCAUCCCUUGUGAUGCAGGCAGAAGUGGUAGGUGUUGAUUUCUUAAGAACCUCUUUAACAUAUAGCCAGCAUCCAGCCUGUACCUGUUUCUUCCCCUUCCAUCUUCCUCCUGGCUGGCACACAGACCUGAUUCCUGGAAUUUGUACAGCCAUCUUUGAUCAUGUUAAGAAUGGGUGAGUGACAAGAUCCAAGAAGCCUGGGUUCCUGGCACCCAGAAGCCCCAGCUGCCCACCUCAGGAUUUGUUUUACAUGAGAAACAAGCCUCUGUGUUAUUUAAUUUUGUAGAAUUUGGGCUGUCUCUGAAGCUAACCAUAAGUGAUACAUAUUCUAUGAUUCAAUUUAUAUUGGAAUCAAUCAAGCUGAAGCUGGAAAACUGAAUUGCGGCUGUCUGUGAUUCCCCGCUAAGGAAUUUGAACUUUAGCCUGUGGGCAAUAGGGAACAAAAGAUUUCUGAGCCAGAAGAUGAGAACUGUGCUUUGGGAAAACAAUUCCUCUGGCAGCAGUUUGGGGGACAGUUGGGAGAAGGGAGGCACUAAACGAAGAGAUAAAGUCAGAAAUUCCCAGGCUUCUGAAUUUCAGACAAGUAAAAUCCGCAGAAAUUUCAAAGGCCGGCGUGAGGAUUACCAACAUCUAGGAGGCCAGCAGAGAAAGGAGACCGUGACAAGACCGUGGCAAAAGAGGGUCUGACUUCAACUGGAUCAUCUCUUCCAUAUUCCACAAGUAUAGGCGGCUGUUUUUCAUUUUCAUGCUGUGGAGUUGGGACAGCUCUGUUGGCCCACUAAAUAAACAAAAUCCUUUCUAAAUGGCUGGGGGAGGAACCUUUGGCCCCAGGAGACUGAAAGAAGACGAACAGGCAUUACCUCCUAAACCAAAAAGCUUGGGCACACCUGACGCCCUGAGGCUUCAUGACUGUGGUGCUCCCUGUUUGUUGUUUUCUGGGAGCAUCCACCCUGCCACCACCUACAGCCACUGACAUAAUAUUGACUGCUUUGUGCCUUGGGAGAUGAGAUAGAUAAGCCUGCUUUCCUCAGGGAAAGACGUGAGGCCCAGAAGAAAAAGGUUCUUGCAUUCAUCUGAGUGUCGCAGGCACGCAUGUCCUUGCCCCUGAAAGCUCCUGGCUGCAUCUGCCAGCCUCAUGCUUCUUGGUAGGCACCAUGCCCUGGGUAAGACACUGGGCCCAUCCAAAGCAGCUGGAAAUGGUAGAGAAGAGAGACUUAGGCCUGGCACAAUAUCUGCCUGCAUUUGCAGGCAGGAAAAUCCAGGAACAUGGCAGAGGUAAGGAGAUGUUCGCACUCCCUGAAAGAAAAGAAAGCUUUCCCUGUGCCCUUAACCCUUUGCAGUGUAUAAACCCUUUCACCCACAUCUCCAUUUGAUUUUUGCAACUUCCCUCUAUCAUUGAGAUUUUAGUAUCAUAACUUUACAGAAGAGGAAGACGCCAGGCGAGGUGAAGUGAAUUGCUCGAAGUCAUACAGCAGGCAGCAGAUCUGACACUAGGAGCCAGGUCCCCUGAUCCUGUCUGGUCCCUCUACCAGUCCUGAUUUUUUUGACUCCAGUGAUCAUUAACAUGUCAAUCAGAAGAGAGUUCAAAUUUCCCUGAGUCUGUAUCUCACGGAGAGGCAGGAAAAAAGGGGAAUCAGGAGGCUGUUAAAGUAGUUCAGGUAAGAGAUCAUUCAUUUGUUCAUUUAGUAACUAUUUUGAAUGCCCAUAUGUGAAAAGCACUGUCAUGGGUGCUAGGGAUACAGUAGGAGAGAGACAAAGAACUUGGCCCUGGAUACCAGGGAGCUUACAUCCUAGUGGAGAAAGCCCAUGAACAAGUGAAUAAACAAGGUAAUUGCAGAGUCUGGUAGGUGCUGUGAAAAAAUCAAAUAAAAUACAGUGGUAUCCUAGUGAUGGGAUACUUGAGAUAAGGUGGGCUGGGAAGGUCUGAGACCUGAAUAAGGAGUCAACCAUAUUGCAGACAGAAGUAACAGCCCAGGUAAAAACCCUGAUGUGUGAACAGUGUGACAGGGCCUGAACUAGCCAGUGGGAGUGAAGUAGAUGCAUCUGGCAACAUUUAGAAGGAAGAAUCAACAGGAUAGACUAGGUGUGGUGGUUGCAGGUUGAACUUUAUUUAGCACUUUGCUGGAUGGAGGGUGUCACUGCCUGAGUUAGGGAACUCUGGAGGAGGAAGAGGGUUUAGAGCCUGGCAUUUCCCCUCUGCCAGGGCUGUCUUUCCCAUCUGUAUUAACAGGCUGAUCAGACUAUAAGACCACCAAGGUUAGUACCAGUUCUUAAGAAUAUUAUGAUCCUUACACAACUAGAUUCCAAAUGGAUCAAAGAUUGCAAUAUAAGUCCUGAAAAUAGCAUAAUAAACCAUGAGAGGUUGUUUUUGGUUUUGUUUUAAACCUGAGUGAGAAAAACCACCACACAAAAUCCAGAAUCAAAGAAAAAUAAAGGAUGGAUAAAUUGCCUCCAUAAAUAUCUUCUGUUUCUGCAUAGCAGAAGACACUCUGGGCAAAGUCAAAAGUCAAACUCAGAAAAAAUAUUUCCAAUUCAUCUAACAAAGAGCUGAUUUCCCUAAUAUAUAGUGAGCUCUUAUGAAUCCAUAAAUAAAAAGGGGGAGAAAUGUAAGCAGACACAGAAAGGAAAGUCUAAGUGUCUCUUAAAGAUAUGAAAUGUGGGGCGCCUGGGUGGCGCAGUCGGUUAAGCGUCCGACUUCAGCCAGGUCACGAUCUCGCGGUCCGAGAGUUCGAGCCCCGCGUCAGGCUCUGGGCUGAUGGCUCAGAGCCUGGAGCCUGUUUCCGAUUCUGUGUCUCCCUCUCUCUCUCUGCCCCUCCCCCGUUCAUGCUCUGUCUCUCUCUGUCCCAAAAAUAAAUAAACGUUGAAAAAAAAAAUUAAAAAAAAAAGAUAUGAAAUGAGGCUCACUCCACUCAAGAUAACUGCAAAUUACACUACCCCGACAUAGUGUUUUUCAGCUAUCAGAUUGACAAAGAUCAUAAAAUUUGAUAACAUGGUGUUGAUGAGAUGGAGAAACAGGUACUUAUGGAAGAGAAUUGAGCAAUAUCUAUCAAAACUACACUUGCCCACACCCUUUGACCCAACUGUCAUACUUCUAGGAAUACAUCCUACCUAUGUGUAUAUACAAAGUUACUCAUUACGGCAGGUGUAAAUAACAAAUGGUUUGAACCUAUCUCAAAAUCCUUCAUUGCUGCACCUAUUCAGUCAAUUACUGUGUAUAAUGGUAUUUUAUAAGCCAUAAAAACGGUCCCGAGGAAGCUCCUUUUGUACUGAUGGAAUGAUUUUCAAAAUAUAGUUAAGUGCAAAACUGUA